AUAAAGAGUAUGUUAUAAACCCAUAGACUUACAGCAGGUUAGUCAAAUACAGUAUGAUAAAGAAUGAAAGAUAUUGAAUGUCAAGAUAUGUGUUAUACAUGGUAAGAUAUGUUUCAUUUAGAAACCAUACAAUCACCAAUCAGAUGAAAAAUUGUGACAGAACUAUGAACUGAUCAACCACAUCCAGAAGUUCACUAAAUCAUAAUCAUAUUAAUUCAAAGAUUUAAUCAUCAGUUAGAAUUCAGCAUCACAUCGUUCAUAUUGGAUUCUUUAGAUUAGAAUUAAAUACCAUCUCAUGACAAUAAGUAAUAGAACAAUAUGGUUAACAAUCCAGUUAACAAUUUAGAGACACAUCCACCACUCAAAUAAAUACAUUAAGACUUCUCGUGACUAAUCAAACCAUUAAUAUGCACAUUAUUCAAGCUAUAAUAUCUUUCAAAGCUCUUAAUCAUCAAGAUACUGAGUAACAAAAUACUAACAGUCUUUUAUAGAAAAUGUCUAGAUUAAACGAAUAUCAAGUCAUCGGUCGUCGUUUACCAACCGACUCUGUUCCAGAACCAAAAUUAUACAGAAUGAGAAUUUUUGCUCCAAACGUUGUUGUUGCUAAAUCUCGUUACUGGUAUUUCUUACAAAAAUUACACAAGGUCAAGCCAACCUCUGGUGAAAUUGUUUCUGUUAAUGCCAUUGCUGAAGCUCACCCAACCAAGGUUAAGAACUUCGGUAUCUGGAUUAGAUACGAAUCUAGAUCUGGUAUCCACAACAUGUACAAAGAAUACAGAGAUGUUACUAGAGUCAGUGCUGUUGAAACCAUGUACCAAGAUUUAGCUGCUAGACACAGAGCUAGAUUUAGAAACAUCCAUAUCUUAAAGGUUGUUGAAUUAGAAAAGACUGAUGAUGUUAAGAGACAAUACGUCAAACAAUUCUUAUCAAAGGACUUAAAAUUCCCAUUACCUCACAGAAUCCAAAAGCACAAGAACUUAUUCCAAGCUCAAGCUCCAACUACUUUCUACUAAGCAAGAAGUUUUUAGUUUGUAAUAUCUAGCUUUUCUUUCAUCCAAACCCCCAUCACAAAGGUUUUUUCUAAUGUUGAAUGUUGAAUAAUAUUUGCAGCUUUUAACUUUGUUCCUAUUUUAAUAAUAUAUACUUUAUAGCAUAAUGAAGUUGUUUUAAGUGAAUAAUUAUUUAUUUAUCAGAUUUCAUAGGAGUAAUCUUUAACUACAUUAAUCAAAAAAAUCUUUAUAUAUAUAUAUACUAACUCGGAAUAUAUACUUGUUUAUUAUAAAUAUUAUUAGUCCGUUCAAAUGUAAAAUGAUGAGAGCGCA